GGGAGCUCGUCCGGCACCAAGCUGCGCUCGCCCCGCCGUCGUCCGCGCCCGCACCGGCUCCGCCGCGCCCCGGUUGCCAAUCGACGCAGAGACUGACAGGACAAAGUCAAGUUCGUCCGUGAUGUCCUACAGACGAGAGCUCGAGAAAUACCGUGACCUGGAUGAGGACGAAAUCCUCGGAGCCCUAACGGAGGAGGAGCUCAGGACCCUGGAGAAUGAGCUGGAUGAGUUGGACCCUGAUAAUGCUCUGCUGCCUGCGGGCCUGAGGCAGAAGGAUCAGACCACCAAGGCACCCACGGGCCCCUUUAAAAGAGAGGAGCUCUUGGACCAUUUGGAAAAGCAAGCAAAGGAGUUCAAGGACCGAGAGGACCUGGUCCCCUACACGGGGGAGAAACGAGGCAAGGUCUGGGUCCCCAAGCAGAAGCCGAUGGAUCCUGUGCUGGAAACUGUGACCCUGGAGCCCGAGCUGGAGGAGGCCCUGGCAAAUGCUUCUGAUGCAGAACUCUGUGACAUCGCAGCCAUCCUGGGCAUGCACACGCUCAUGAGCAACCAGCAGUACUACCAGGCCCUGGGCAGCAGCUCCAUCGUGAACAAGGAGGGACUCAACAGUGUGAUUAAACCCACACAGUACAAGCCUGUGCCUGACGAAGAACCAAAUUCCACAGAUGUAGAGGAAACACUGGAGCGGAUAAAGAACAACGACCCUAAACUUGAAGAGGUCAACCUCAAUAACAUCCGGAAUAUCCCCAUUCCCACCCUCAAGGCGUACGCAGAAGCCCUGAAAGACAACUCGCACGUGAAGAAGUUCAGCAUCGUGGGGACACGGAGCAACGACCCCGUGGCCUUUGCUCUUGCCGAGAUGCUCAAGGUGAACAAGGUGCUCAAGACGCUCAACGUGGAAUCCAACUUCAUUUCUGGAGCGGGGAUCCUGCGCCUGGUGGAAGCCCUGCCCCACAACACUUCUCUGGUGGAGCUGAAGAUCGACAACCAGAGCCAGCCCCUGGGCAACAAGGUGGAAAUGGAGAUCGUGAGCAUGUUGGAAAAAAACACAACGCUUCUCAAGUUCGGCUACCACUUUACCCAGCAGGGGCCCCGGCUGCGGGCAUCCAACGCGAUGAUGAACAACAACGACCUUGUGAGGAAGAGGAGACUGGCCGACUUGACCGGGCCCAUCAUUCCCAGGUGCCGCAGCGGCGUCUAGUGCGUGGAGGUGCAGACCCCGCCUUUCAACUGGACACGUUCUGCUGCCCGGCUGUGCGCUGCCGUGGAGACCAGAAGGCAAACGGCAGCACAGAGCCUACCGUGAUUCAGUUCUUCAUGCACUAAGGUUUUAGGUUAACUAGUGGUUGUAGUGGAAAACUUUAUAAAAUAUGGUUAAUGUGAAGUCUUUAUUUAGUCACAGAAGUUCAGUCUAGCUAUUAUUUAAAAAUGGAGAAGCUCUCAGACCGGCAGAUCUUACUGAAGAGGGCAGUGACUUAACCCCAGGAGCCAGGUGGCCUUGCCGUGUGGCGCUUCAGGUGCACGUGAGCCACGUAACACAUGAACAGCACACUCUUCUACUUGGUUUAGCAUACGAUAAAAAAAUCCUUUAUUACAAGUUUGAUCUUAGCAAACUGAA